AAAAGGGAAUAAUGAUAAAGGAUGUACGUUUUAGUAACGUGCUGGAGGUAGAAAUAUACACAUGAAGACGUUCUGCAGUAGCAGAGAUGUCUCAGUUGUUUGCUGAGGAUGAGGUGGAGUUGCAGUCCUUGGUUAAGCAGUUUCUGAGAAGCAUCAGUGACAAGAUCUCUAGUGCUCCUUCACCUGAAUGUGCUGAAGAGAUCCUCCUUCACCUAGAGGAGACUGACAAGAACUUUCACAAUUAUGAGUUUGUGAAGUACCUCCGUCAAUAUGUGGAGAACGCUUUAGGAUCUGUGGUUGAAGAGGAAACAAACAACUUGACCAGAGAAGAUGGACAACAUGCAGUUGGCUCGGGACAUGACACUCUGAUUCAUGCAGUGACACAAAGGACCAGAGACUCAGCUGAGUACCAGCAGAUGAUACACACCUUAAAAAACACCAUGAUAACAGUUGUGGAGUCUUUAAAAAACAAGUUUGAGGAUGACCAGCUGAGAAAGGAGGAGAUGCACCACGAGAAGCAGCAUAGGCAGUCCAACAUCCAGUUCACUGACAACUGCUCUGACAGUGGCUCGUCCUUCAGUCAGAGUUAUGGAUUCUUUAGACAAGAGCAGCUGCAAGUUUUGGCUGAAAAGCUUGACUCCAACAAGCCCAAAGAGGUGCGUUGGGAGGCUCUGAAGGUCCUCUGCCGUGCUCCUACAUCUGAUGUGCUGAGCUGUGAGAGCUGGAGCAGCCUGCGUCGGAACCUCUGCGUAGCUCUGAGCGAGCCGGAUCCCGACCUCAGCGAUAAUGCGCUGCGAUUCUUUGCUAAAAGCCUCUCAUCCUCUCCUCUGAACGUGACACGAGAAAUUUACACAAGCCUGGCUAAAUCUGUGGCGUCAAGUUUUCUGUCCCAUAAGCUGAGCUUUCCAAGUGGCCCAGCUACCAUUGACAUUAACAGGCCUGAGAUCAGUCGUCUCCUCAAGCAGAUUCGACUCAUGAAUGAUUUUCAAAAGGAGGUGACUAACUUCUGGAUACGUCAUCCAGAGAAAUACAUGGAAGAAGUUAUAGAAAGCACCUUUUCGCUGCUGUCCUUCCAUCACGAACAUGGCUCACCAGGAACUGAGAGAGUCCUGGAACCAGUUCACUUACUGGCUUUACUGGAUGUAAAAGCCACUUGGUUUAAAAAGUGGAUGCAUGGCUACUACAGCAGGGCUGUGAUUCUCAGACUCCUGGAGAGAAAAUACAAGUCUGUGGCUGUAGCAGCUCUUCAGCAGUGCAUCAAGUACAAUGAGUCCUGUGAACGUUUCACAAAUGAGACAACUGAGUCAGGGGAGCAGCGGAGCAUUGGUUUGGUACAGAGGAGUGUUUAUUCUGGAAAAGAGCUCGAGUAUUGCUGCUUUGUUCACUCUCUGUGUGUCCUAGGGAAGCUCGUCAUCUACACCAAUGGAAGAAAGCUCUUUCCCAUCAAAAUAAGAAAAUACAAAGAUCCUGUUACCCUGACAGACCUCAUCGUCAUCCUGCUUAACAUAAUGUUUAAACACCCUAGACCUCUGGACAGGGAUUGCUCACACACAGGUUCAGACGUCCUGUCGCCCAGCACUCUUGUGAUGGAGGUGCUUUGGAUGCUAUGUGAACAGACAGAAUGGGCUGCAGAGUGUCUCUAUCAGACUCCAGUUAUAGAGAAGCUACUAGCUCCUGUUAUUGCACUGCUCAAUGGACAGAAGGCUGAGUUAAAGUCUCCUGCAGCAACCCUGAGUCUCAUUGCAGAUAUUCUGGCUCGUAUUGCAAACACAGACAGAGGAUUAGCGCUCUUCUUAUUUGAGAAGAAUCUCGCCGCAGCCCACAGUGAGAGAACCUUUGCUGCUCAUAUCAUCGUACAGUUCACCCAGAGGCUGCUCGACAAGGAAUUGCCAUCACUGUGUGAAUCUGAUAUGCCCCAUUCAUUAUGUGGAGCCUUUAUUUUAGUUUGUCGGCAGAUGUACAACACCUGCGAGGGUCUGCAGGUUCUACGACCCUACGGCCUGCACAAAGCUUUAGCUGCUGCGUGGAAAAAGACCAGCACGCUGUCAGAAAGGGUUCAGACUCCAGUACCUGGAGGCGAUGCUGGAUCAUCUACCCAAGAGCUGCAGAACAUGCUCAUUUGGGAGGAGACAUUAUUGGACAGUCUGUUGAAUUUUGCUGCCACUCCAAAAGGCCUUCUGCUGCUCCAGCAGACAGGAGCCAUUAAUGAAUGUGUCUCCUACAUGUUCUCUCGCUUUACCAAAAAACUUCAGGUGAGCAGCUGCGAGAAGUUUGGCUACGGGGUGAUGGUGACACAGGUGGCAGCAACUGCUCCGGGAGUUGUGGCUCUGCACAGUUCUGGCUUUGUUCGGGCCCUGGUACUAGAGCUGUGGUCUGUUCUUGAGUGCAGCAGUGACAACAUCAGAGUGGUCCGUCCCAAACCAACUCCCAUUGACCCCAUAGAUAGGAGUUGCCUUAAGUCCUUCCUGUACUUGGUCAACCUCCUCUCCUCUUCCCAGUCGGUGUGGGAGCUGCUGGGCCGGCAGCCUUUGGCCAACAAAAGCGAAUACACCCUGAGGGAGAUGCCAACCUCCAUACCUGAUUUGAUUGACAGACUGAUUGCCAUGAAUUCGGAUGUGAAGAUUCAUUCUCUCUUCCACUACGAAGAGAGUCACACAUUCGGCCUGAGACUACUUAACGUGCUCUGCUGUAAUCUGGACUCCUUUCUGCUGUUGGAGAGCCAAUAUAACAUCUGCUCCAUGUUGCUGCAGAGUCAAAUGGGGAACGUCACUGACCCAGACUCCAGUGAGGGGAAUAUCAUCAUAGACAGUCUGUCAGUGGAGAGGAACCAUGUGCUGGUUCGUGUUAGUGUCGUUGGAGGACCAUCUGAGAGGAGGCUCCCUCCUCGAGACUUGCAAGAGGGAGAAGGAGAACAUCCUUACCCCUGGCCCUGGUUUUCAUGCUAUCCCGUACCUCGCUGCUACACUUUGGAUCCACCAGACAUCCUACAUACCUCACCGGUCCUUUGUCUGUCUUCAGACUCCGAGAUUAGUGCGUUUCUGUCUUCAUGGAAAGACCCAAAGAAUGACGGAAGCUGGAUGGAAGCCUGCCGAACGCUGUACUGUAAAGUCAUGGCGUCAAAACCCAACGUGUUAACUGGAAAGGUGCUGGCUGACCUUCUGGAGAAAGUUGUGGCCCAUCUAUCCAAUUCUGCCUCAGAGUGCUUCUUCUCUCCAGCUCGGUACAAAGCAGAGGAGAAGACUGUGAAGAAUGCCGUAUUAUCAUCUGUGGAACAGCUGGGAAUCAACACCUGUCUGAAGUAUGGGAUUUACCUCAGGCUGCUGAAAGAAGAAGCUGCAAAUGACCUAGCUCUGCUAAUGAAGCAUGUGAAGAUCUUCUUGUCCGCGCAGAGAGUUAAAACUUCAUCAGAGCUCAUAACUCACCAGGAAGGUUAUCCAGGUCAUGACUGGCUGGCCUCUACAGUGUUCCUCAUCAUGGCCGGAAACAUAGAAAAGUCUUUAUGUUUGUUAGUCAGUCUCUCCUCUCUGCUCACCUCUGCCUUCAUUUGGCCAGCCAGGAUACAUGCAUCGAUUCAUUUUCCUAAGGAAGUGGCUGAAUCAGGAAUCCCUCCUGUCUACUGGUGCACAGCUCACUACGUGGAGAUGCUGCUGAAAGCUGAAGUUCCUCUAGUCCACUCUGCCUUCAAGAUGUCUGGUUUCACCCCAUCACAGAUGUGCCUCCAUUGGCUGACUCAGUGUUUCUGGAACUACCUGGACUGGACAGAGAUCUGCCACUAUAUUUGCACCUGUGUGGUGAUGGGUCCUGACUACCAGGUUUACAUGUGUGUGGCCAUAUUUAAGCACUUGCAACCAGACAUCCUGCAGCGCACACAGUCCCAGGAGCUACAGGUCUUCCUCAAAGAAGAGCCAAUCCAGGGCUUCAAUUUUACCAACCACCUGGAGUUUAUGGGUGUCCUGGAGCACAAAUACAGGGACAUUGUUCUGGCUGAUAUGAAAAUGAUUUGAAGUUGAUCUGAAGGCAAGGAAGAGAAAUAUUCGACUGUUAUCAAAACCCAGCAUAGCUCAAUUCAAUAGAUCAACUGUUAAAAGUAUAUUACUGUCAAAACAUCACAAAAACCCCACUAAAAGUCAGGCGUGUUCAGUAAAAUUAGAUUUUAAGGCAGGUCUUACUGUCACUAAAUCUCAUGAAAGUCUAAAACCACCAAUAACUGUUUCAUGGCAGUGUCAUUUACAUUGACUCAGUGCCUCAUACGGCAUCCUGGUAACAAAGAAAUUCACCAGCACAACAAAUGCGUGACAGUCUGCUGCUGAAAAUAGUCCAGCAGAUGAUUGAUUGAUUGAUUGAUUGAUUGAUUGAUUGCUUGCUUGCUUGUUACAGAAAGCUACAGCGACCACCUCUUCUUGUUUUGAUAAUCAAAACAAUCCAAAACACUUUUUUUUGGUAUGCUAGGAAAAAAGGUUUUUCUGCAGGUUGCAAUUGUAUAAUAUAUUUUUGUUUAUAAUGUAAAUAGUGUAAACAGCUGUUGGAAGAUUCAGUAAUUGCAUUUAGGAAAUGUUUGAUGCUUUUUGGUUAUUUAUUGUUUUU